UCCAGCGAGAGACAGAGGGAGUGAGCGGGCGGGUUGGAAGAGCACAGUGAGCAGAGCCGCGCUCCGGGCGUCCUGGGAAGGCAGCUUGGGGAGUGAGAGGGGCUUUGCCUCCGGGCCUGCCGCCCCGCGCCCCAACCCUCCGGCUGACCUAGCACCAGAGAUCGCAACCCUCGCCCCACCUGGGAAACUUUGCCCAUUGCAGCGGGCGGACACUUUUGCACUGGAACUUACAAUCUGCGAGUGAGGAUAGGACUCCCCAGGCGCCGGGGAGGAAAUUUUUGUCUAUUUGGGGACUGUGUUCUCUGCCUCUGCCCGCGAUCUGCUCCCCUGAAAGGAGCUCCUAGAGCUCUUUGAAGGCUGGAUAUCCUUUGGGCGGUGGAAAACCCGCAGACAGCCGCCACGAUGCCCCUCAACGUGAGCUUCGCCAACAGGAACUAUGACCUCGACUACGACUCGGUGCAGCCCUAUUUCAUCUGCGACGAGGAAGAGAAUUUCUAUCACCAGCAACAGCAGAGCGAGCUGCAGCCGCCCGCGCCCAGCGAGGAUAUCUGGAAGAAAUUCGAGCUGCUGCCCACCCCGCCCCUGUCCCCCAGCCGCCGCUCGGGGCUCUGCUCUCCAUCCUAUGUUGCGGUCGCUGCGUCCUUCUCCCCAAGGGAGGACGACGACGGUGGCGGCGGCAACUUCUCCACCGCCGAUCAGCUGGAGAUGGUGACCGAGCUGCUUGGAGGAGACAUGGUGAACCAGAGCUUCAUCUGCGAUCCUGACGACGAGACCUUCAUCAAGAACAUCAUCAUCCAGGACUGUAUGUGGAGCGGCUUCUCCGCCGCCGCCAAGCUGGUCUCAGAGAAGCUGGCUUCCUACCAGGCUGCGCGCAAAGACAGCGCCAGCCCGAGCCCCGCCCGCGGGCACAGCGGCUGCUCCACCUCUAGCCUGUACCUGCAGGACCUCACCGCCGCCGCGUCCGAGUGCAUUGACCCUUCGGUGGUCUUCCCCUACCCGCUCAACGACAGCAGCUCGCCCAAGUCCUGUACCUCCUCCGACUCCACAGCCUUCUCUCCUUCCUCGGACUCGCUGCUGUCCUCCGAGUCCUCCCCACAGGCUAGCCCCGAGCCCCUAGUGCUGCAUGAGGAGACACCGCCCACCACCAGCAGCGACUCUGAGGAAGAACAAGAAGAUGAAGAAAUUGAUGUGGUGUCUGUGGAAAAGAGGCAGCCCCCUGCUAAGAGGUCCGAAUCAGGGUCAUCCCCAUCAGGAGGCCACAGCAAACCUCCACACAGCCCACUGGUCCUCAAGAGGUGCCAUGUCUCCACUCAUCAGCACAAUUAUGCAGCGUCCCCCUCCACGAGGAAGGACUAUCCAGCUGCCAAGAGGGCCAAGUUGGACAGUGGCAGGGUCCUGAAACAGAUCAGCAACAACCGCAAAUGUGCCAGCCCCAGGUCCUCAGACACCGAGGAGAACGACAAGAGGCGGACACACAACGUCUUGGAACGUCAGCGGAGAAAUGAGCUCAAGCGCAGCUUUUUUGCCCUGCGUGACCAGAUCCCGGAGUUGGAAAACAAUGAAAAGGCCCCCAAGGUAGUUAUCCUCAAAAAAGCCACCGCCUACAUCCUGUCCAUCCAAGCGGAGGAACACAAGCUCAUCUCAGAAAAGGACUUACUGAGGAAGCGGCGAGAACAGUUGAAACACAAACUCGAGCAGCUUCGAAAUUCUGGUGCGUGAACUGACCUCGCGCGCGCGAGGAGGAGCUGGGAUCGCUCGUGAAUUCUCACUCCUUACUCAGGGAGAGUAAGGAGAACGGUUCCUUCUCUUAGAACUGAUGCGCUGGACUUGAAAUGCAUGCUCAAAGCCUAACCUCACAACCUUGGCUGGGGCUUUGGGACUGUAAGCUUCAGCCAUAAUGUUAACUGCCUCAAACUCUAGGCAUAAAAGAACUUUUUUUUUAUGCUUCCCAUCUUUUUUCUUUUCCUUUAACAGAUUUGUAUUUAAUUGUUUUUAAGAAAAAAAAAAUCUUAAAGUUUACCCACUUUUCCCAUGUACAUAGGGCCCUUAAAUGUAAAUAACUUUAA